CGUAGCCAAUGUUCACGAAUGUUUUUAUACUGGUAACGCGUAAUGUGCAGUUUCGGAAUUGCGUUAUGUGCACGAAAUGUCGAUAACACGAGAUUUAUAACGCAAGACGCUUUUAUAUAUUAAAAUAAAUUUCUAAUAUAAAUCCUGUGAUGUUAUUAAAACUGAGUUAAAGAGACAGAAGGAGAAAGCUAUAUAGAAACGAUUCUUUUCAGCAAAAUUUAGGUUUGUUCUUUUUAGCUAGAACAGAAAAGAACAAACCUAUUUAUUAUAUGGAGCGCUGCCAUUAGCAAUAGUAGCCAAUCAAACUCGUAAAUACAAUCCGCUCUUGGUUAUAACAAUAAAACACUAAAAAAGUUUCGGAGCACAGCACACAAAUCAGUAUUUAAACAACAAAACGGCAAGUGUUUUAUUAUACAAUGACAUUGUGAGGAUCUUGUGUUUCGAACUGCCUAUUAUUAAUAAGACAAGAGUACGAAUUUUGAUUGGAACCGACACUGCAAUAGUUAUGAUUAUAAUUGAUCUAUGCCAUCUUGAAUAUCUCUAAGUUAAAUUGAAAAUCAAAUUUGGAUGUAAAAUCUCUAAUUUUAUCGGGCACUCUAAGAGAAAAAAAAAAAAAAAAAAAUAUAUAUAUAUAUAUAUAUAUAUAUAAUAUUAAAAGCCAGAUUUUUUUGGUUGAAUUAUGUCUGAUAAUAAAAUGGAUAAUAGUUUUGGAAUAACCGAUUACCCACAAUUGUGGGUAAAAGAAAAAUAUCAAGAGGCUCAGGCAUUGAUGAAGGAACAUGAAGCAAAUUGUGAUCCAAAUCAACUUUAUGAAAGAAAAUGUAAAGCUAUAGAAAUUUUGUUGGAGAUACUGGAUGUGCUUACCAAACAGACUUUCUGCACUGUAAUGAUUGCAAUAACUCACUUAAAUAUAGGCAUCUUACAAGCUGAUGUGCAGGAUAUGGAAAUAGCCAAAGAAUAUUUCAUGAGGUGUAUCAAUUUAUUAGAAGAAUGCAAACUGACGCCUGAAGGCAUUUUACCAGCUAUAAGUGCUAAUAAUCAAAUGGGUAUAAUUUAUGCACAACAGGGCUCAUAUCGGGAAGCUAGAGAUUACUUAGAGCAAGCAGAAAACAUGUAUAAUAAGUUUAUAAAAGAUGUUCAAUUUGAUCCUGUUCAUAUGGUGACCAUCAUGGGUAUUCAGGAGAUAGAAGGCGACUUAAGUGCUAAGAAUAUUCUCGAGAAGCUCCAUACAUUAACAUUGUAUUAUUUGGCACAGGUAUGCCGUGAGUUGGGUGACAAAUGUAAUUUUGCAUUGUAUUGUCACAGAACACUGAGUAAGCAAUUGAGCCAAAAUAAGAUAACGCAAGAUUUGGAUUAUGUCGAGUGGGCCUUAAAUGCUGCGACAAUAUCUCAAUAUUUUAUAGAAAAUGAUAAAUUUCCACAAGCAAGGCAUCAUCUAGCUGCAGCAUCCUGUGUAUUAGAAAAAUACUCAGAGAUCUUGAAAGCAAAGGACACUAAGGAAAUGAGUGAGACCCUGGCUGCAGAAUACGAAAAUUAUUUUCAUAGAUCAGCAGAUGUUGCUAGAUGUUGGGCAAAGUAUGGUAUUGCUCUCCUAAGUACAUCUAAGGAAAGAUUAAUGAAAAAAGCUGAGCAGGAGGAUGAGUCAAACGAUUCAAAGCAUGUAGAAGUUUCCAAUGAAGUUUGCAAAAGCUCUCAUGCAAGCGAAACCAUAGAGAACCCAAAAUUCGUAGAUUUAGAACCAGAAUUGGAAGUAAUUAUAAGUGAGAUUACAGAUAAGUAUCUAUUAGAUUUUGAUGAUGCUAAACCAGUAUUUUUGAAUGUUCGGAAAUGGCUAAAUAAGGCAAAGCUGUAUUAUAGUUUUGAGAAUCAUGCAUCAGAUUAUGCACAUAUUGCACAAGACAUGUCUCAAGCAUAUAAGUAUUUAGCAUUUUAUGAAGAGAACGAAGACAGGCAGGCAAAAAUGCACAAAAGGCGGAUAAACACUUUGGAAGAAGUCAGUCAGGGACUAAGUCCACGAUUUUAUCGAGUUAUUUGUCGAGAAAUCUGGCUGGAAUUGGCGGAAACGUAUUCAGAGAUCUUAGAUAUAAAAAUCGAUCGUUUGCAAGCCCUCAAUGAAAAGCCGACAGAUCAGAUGACAGCUAAAAUCGAACGCUUGGCGAGAAAUAGUAUAAAGCACUAUCAAUUGUAUGUAAAUUCUUUGGAGAUGAGAGAAUCCAAUGAUGGCGUUGCAUCUUUCUUGUACGACGAACUUUAUCAGGCGUUGUACUCUUACUUCCACAUUGGAAGACUAUUUAAUAAAAUCAUAACUUCCGUCUUAGAACAAAAGAUAGAAAACAUACAGAAGAGUCUUGAGGCUUAUUCAUUUGUUGUUAAUUAUUAUGAUAAGCAUCCAGAAAUUCAAGAGGAAUUCAAAAAAUACGAAUUUAUAAAAUUAUCUAAGGAAUUCGUCACUCUACUGCCGCUUACAUUAGAUAGAUUGAGACAACAGUUAAAACAAUAAUUUUGUUUUCCUUUUUUCUGUAUAAAGAUAUUUUGUUAUACUUUUUCUUAUGUAUGAAAUAUAUAUGAUAAUGUUUGAGCAAGAUUAAAAAUGCACGAGACAGUAUAUAAUUGUGGAAAUAUAUAUUGCAUGUAUUUUUGAAAUACUCACUUGUUAUUAUAUAUGCAACACAUACAUACUGAUACAUAAAACAAUACAAUUAUAUAUAUGUUUGUAUAUACAUAAUUACACAUAAUUGCAAUUGCCAUAUUAAAGAUAUGUUUAAGAUGCUAUGAAAGAGUUAUAUUACUUCUUUUUAGUACUUGAUUAUAUUGAUCGAUAUUUAAACUAGGUUUGAUUAAUAACAUUAUAAUAAUAGUAACAUAAAUAGA